CUCGGGCAGCCAGAGAGGCGGCGCGGCGGUGGCGGUGCGGAGACCGAGUCCAGACGCCAGGCGGCCGCCGGCGCGCAAGGCGCUUUCUAGCUCCCUCCCCUGAGUGUGCAAACAGCCCGCCUCCUUCUGCGGCGCCUGUAGCCGCAGGCUCACUGUCCCCUCCCGAGACUCGCUCCGGGAGACUCUCCGCCAGUCGCGGACAGAGUCUGCGGUGUGGGGAUCGUGAGGCCGAGGCGAGCCGCCCGUGGUAGCCGGCCCGAUCCAGCACCCGCGGCGCGGUCCUCUCCACGGCCGGCGCCUCAUGCGCACUCCUUUCGCCCGGGCAGUCGCUACUGCUCCCGAGGACUGAGACGUCUGCUUCGUCGCCUCCCCGCCCAGUGACCGAGGCGAGAACUUAGCUAGUUGUGCACUGAAGACAGUCGCCACUGCUGAGUGGAAACAAAAUGUCAGUCAGUGUGCACGAGAACCGCAAGUCCAGGGCCAGCAGCGGCUCUAUUAACAUCUACCUGUUUCACAAGUCUUCCUAUGCUGACAGCGUUCUUACUCACCUGAACCUUCUACGCCAGCAGCGCCUCUUCACCGAUGUCCUUCUCCAUGCCGGAAACAGGACCUUCCCUUGUCACCGGGCAGUGCUGGCUGCAUGCAGCCGCUACUUCGAAGCCAUGUUCAGUGGUGGCCUGAAAGAGAGCCAGGAUAGUGAAGUUAACUUCGACAACUCCAUCCACCCCGAAGUCUUGGAGUUGCUUCUUGACUAUGCAUACUCCUCUCGGGUCAUCAUCAAUGAAGAAAAUGCAGAAUCGCUCCUGGAAGCUGGCGACAUGCUGGAGUUUCAAGACAUCCGGGAUGCCUGUGCAGAAUUCCUAGAAAAGAACCUGCAUCCCACCAACUGCCUGGGCAUGCUGCUGCUGUCUGAUGCGCACCAGUGCACCAAGCUGUAUGAACUCUCCUGGAGAAUGUGUCUCAGCAAUUUCCAAACCAUCAGGAAGAAUGAAGAUUUUCUCCAGCUGCCCCAGGACAUGGUAGUGCAGCUCUUGUCCAGUGAAGAGCUGGAGACAGAAGAUGAAAGGCUCGUGUACGAGUCUGCAAUUAACUGGAUCAGCUACGACCUGAAGAAGCGCUAUUGCUACCUCCCGGAGCUAUUGCAGACGGUGAGGCUGGCUCUCCUGCCAGCCAUCUAUCUCAUGGAGAAUGUGGCCAUGGAGGAACUCAUCACCAAGCAGAGAAAGAGCAAGGAAAUUGUGGAAGAGGCCAUCAGAUGCAAGCUGAAAAUCCUGCAGAAUGAUGGUGUGGUAACCAGCCUCUGCGCCCGGCCUCGGAAAACCGGCCAUGCCCUCUUCCUCUUGGGAGGGCAGACUUUCAUGUGUGACAAACUGUAUCUGGUAGACCAGAAGGCCAAAGAAAUCAUUCCCAAGGCCGACAUCCCCAGCCCGAGGAAAGAGUUCAGUGCGUGUGCCAUUGGCUGCAAAGUGUACAUUACGGGGGGCCGGGGGUCGGAAAAUGGAGUCUCGAAAGAUGUCUGGGUUUAUGAUACACUGCAUGAGGAGUGGUCCAAAGCCGCCCCCAUGCUGGUGGCCAGGUUUGGCCAUGGCUCUGCUGAACUGAAGCACUGCCUGUAUGUGGUCGGGGGGCACACAGCCGCAACUGGCUGCCUCCCUGCCUCCCCCUCAGUCUCGCUGAAGCAAGUAGAACAUUAUGACCCCGUAACCAACAAAUGGACCAUGGUGGCGCCACUGCGAGAAGGCGUGAGCAACGCUGCAGUGGUGAGUGCCAAGCUCAAGCUGUUUGCUUUCGGAGGUACCAGUGUCAGUCAUGACAAGCUCCCCAAGGUUCAGUGUUACGAUCAAUGUGAGAACAGGUGGACGGUACCGGCCACCUGUCCCCAGCCCUGGCGUUACACAGCAGCAGCUGUGCUGGGUAACCAGAUUUUUAUUAUGGGGGGAGAUACAGAGUUCUCUGCUUGCUCUGCUUAUAAAUUCAACAGUGAGACUUACCAGUGGACCAAGGUGGGAGACGUGACCGCAAAGCGCAUGAGCUGUCAUGCUGUGGCCUCCGGAAACAAACUCUACGUGGUGGGAGGAUACUUUGGCAUUCAGCGAUGCAAAACUUUGGACUGCUACGAUCCAACAUUAGAUGCGUGGAACAGCAUAACUACAGUCCCAUACUCGCUGAUACCAACUGCGUUUGUCAGCACCUGGAAACACCUGCCUUCUUAAAUGCAGCACAUCUUAAAGAAGGUGAGGAUGAGCUCAAGAAGUGAUUUCUGCUUUGGAGAGGCCAAGUUUAAUGAAGAGAAAGAAAAAAAGAAAAGAAGUUGCUACAAGACUUGGACUGUACAAUCGGCGGCACCUUGUAAAUGCUCUAACUGGAC